GUAAUCAUUAAUUUAUAAUUAAUCAGUAGACAGCGAACUUUAGGCAAGAGUGUAUCUAUUGCGUUUUUAUUUUUUUUAAAUAAUUUUUGUUUUGCUUUCCUAAAAAAGUCAUAAUGUAUUUUUAAGAAAUAUCUGUGAUAAAUAGUAAUCUUCUAAUGGAAUAUGAAACAUCUUACGAUACUGGCGCCAAGCCUUUUGUACAUGAUAAAGAUCGAGGCAAAUGGGAAUCAUCGAAAGAUUUCCUCUACGCAUGUAUCGGACAUGCAUUUAGACCAGAUAUCAUAACAAUUAUACCAUUAGUUGUUUUUGAAGCUCUUGGAAUUUAUGCCUUAAUUCCGUAUUUUGUGAUAUUGGCGGUGUGUGUUGUUCCAAUUGUAUUCAUUCAGUCGUUUCUUGGACAAUUUUCUGGAACUGGCUUUAUAUCAGUCUUUCGAAUUGCUCCACUUUUUAAAGGCAUUGGAUAUGUCUCACUUAUUGUUAAUUGUGUCAAUCUUACUUACUACAGUGUAUUUAGUGCAAUACCAUUAUUUUACAUAUUUCAUUCCUUGAGGCCAACAAUACCCUGGAGCUGUGAAGGUACAUCUCAAUGGAUGAACAUAAAUAAGACGGUUUGUACUAAAAAUGAGUUCAGUGGAAGUAGAAUUCCCUCUGUUGAGUUCUUGAGAGAUCAUUUUCAUUUUACCAAAGGAAGCUAUACUGUUAUUUAUUUCUCUUUAGAAUUAAUCGUUUGCACUGGGAUCAUUUGGAGUUUGGUGACAUUUGUUCUUUUAAAGUCUACAGAAAUCGUAGGUCGUUUCAUGUGAUACUCAUGUUUGACUCUGCUAACACUUAUGAGCUUGUGUUUGAUUCGCUUCAUUUUCCUACCGGGAGCAAUCAAUGGAUUAUGGGAAUUUUUAGUCCCUAGCGGAGGCUUGAGAAAAAUGGAAUAUAUGUAUUUAAUUCCUAUAAUAGCUUUCACCACUCUGGGUCCUGGUUGGGGAUCAAUUUUAACGAUGGCAAGUUAUAAUAACUUUAAGACAAACAUCUACAAAUACAGUUGGUUUAUGUGCCUGGGACAUCUUGGAGUAAUAAUUGGAAUUGCUUGUAUAUCAAUUUUUCUCAAAUAUUUCAUGCAAAAUAUUGGAAUACCUAAAACUUAUCCGCAUUAUGGUGAAUUUACAGAUUUUGUGACAGUUCCAUUUGCAUUGACUUUUUUGGAAUGGCCAAAUUUUUGGACUUUGAUAUUUCUUACCAUACUUGGUUUGGGUUCUUUGAAUAUUUUGGUUAUCCAACUUUUUUCGCUUUUAACCUCACUUUAUGAUGAAUAUGAAAAUCUAAGAGAUAUUAAGAAACAUGCACUUUUUGGAACUGUUGCAAUUUUGUUAGUGACUUCAAUACUUUUCUGUUCAAAUCAUGGAAUAUUCUUUUUUGAGACUCUUUCAAAAUUCUCAGCCAUAACGCAAGUUAUUCUGAAUUUACUGCUGCUCUUGGUUGUUCUUUGGGUCUAUGGUCGAGAACGAUUCCAACGUGAUGUGUAUUUUAUGAUUUCACAAACUUAUUCUACUUGGAUGGUCUUUGUUGUGCGUUUUGUAGCACCACUAUUUUUAAUUAGUGGAGUGAUAAUUGGAUUCAUAUUGUCAGUAGUUUCACUGCUAUUUCAUAAUGAUACACUUGCAUCGGGCAUUGUUUUUCUUUUCAUAACCAUAAUAUUUUUCUUGCUUGCAUGGUGUUUGAUUCCGUUGUAUUGUAUUAUAAAAAUAAAGGCAACAGUUGGAAAAAUUGGAAUACGCUUAAAGAGGUGUGUAAGGCCAACUGAUUGGUAUCCAGCUGAUCCGGAAUACAAGCAAAGUUACGAGGAAAGAUUUAGCACUACAGAUAUGUCACAUCAAUUGACAAUUGUAUCGGAAGAGGAAAACAAUUAAAACCAUUGAAAAUGUUAUAGACUUUCAUCAACUUUAUUAAUAAACGGGAAUUAAGAAUGAA